UCUCUUGUAUUGGCACAGAGAUUCUUUACCACUGGCCACCAGGAAAGCCCAUAAGCAAGGGAUAGUCCCCACUUUUUAAUGACUGACAGACUAAUGAGUUUCAUAGUCCAAAGUAAUCAGUGCAAUGACAUGGCCAGUAAGAUGAUUUUAUAGAAAAGUAAAGGAGACACGCCAGGUUGCCUCACAGAAUUUGGGGAAGGUUUCAUAGAAGAGAGGUCACUUGGACUAAAUUUACAUGAAUAAUUAAGAAUGGACAUCUUCAAAUAUUGUUACUUGUCCUCUGCUUUCUGGCCAGAGAGCUAAAUAUGUCUUCAUUUUUAGGUUCCUGGGAAUAAAGUCCCUUCUGCUUUUCCUCUACAAAUCAUUGAGGGAUUUCUUAUUUACUUUAGUAAUUAAUGCUUAACAAACAGCUCUCAGCCUUCUCCCUAGACUCACAACAACCCAGUACAAAGAAGAGGCAGGUUGUACUCAGACACAUGUCUCUGCUCUUCUCCUUUGUGCACUAAAGUUUAUCUUCAUCUUCCUCCACUGCUCUGCUGACACUGCUCCUAUCAGAGCAAUGGGUGGUGGCCUUCCACAAAUGCGCAGCUGUCCUCUGACUCCUCAGCUGAUACGAGAGAAAGGGGUUGAAACUUGUACCAGAAAGAAAGUAGUUAAGAGAGAAUUAACUUCCUCAUUGCGUAGAAUGUUCAGCACUGUAAUAUGAAGUUUUAUAAAAUUGUGAGAUUUUUCUUAGAGGUGUCAAUGAAAAAUGUUCUUUUACUUGUCGAUUUGAAUCAGGAAGGAAAGCAAAAGGUGGGAGAUAUGUGCCUCCAGGCAUUUAAGAUUUUGUACCUGCCAUGGUCACAGUUUCGGGGUAAUAUUUUUUGUUAUCAUUGAGUUGCAAAAAAGAUAGUUGAAGUGAUGUAUAGAUUUAUAAUCCACAAGAACUGAAUCCUGUCUGACUCUUAUUGACAAUACAUAAAUACAAGUGUGUAAUCCUCUCUUACACUGAAAAGACAAUUAUUUCACACUGUGUCUGUCUUUUAAGACUAACACAUAUAAACAAACAUAUCUAGUUUAAAGAUUUUUGUUUUAACUCUGCAGAAGUUAAACAUAGUAGCUAUUUAAUUUGUAUUUCUUGUUAAGUGGGGCUUUCAGAAGCACUGAAUCAGCAUGAUAAGAGACAGACAUAGCAAAAGUUUUAAAUAGAGAGUUAUGGGGACAAAAAAUGCAUCAGGAAUGGAGAAAUUAUGAUUUUGGUUUUUUUGCCUCUUCCCUUUCCAAGCCAUUGAUGACAACCCUGAGUAAUUCCAGCUGGAGGCCGAUCCAGCCAUCCUUUUUCCUGAUCGGCAUCCCGGGUUUAGAGGAAAGCCAGCACUGGAUAGCACUGCCGCUGUGUGUCCUUUACCUCCUUGCCCUACUGGGCAAUGUCACCAUCCUCUCCACCAUCUGGACGGACCCAUCCUUGCACCAGCCUAUGUACCUCUUUCUGGCCAUGCUCUCUGGCAUUGACCUGGUCCUGGCCUCCUCCACUGCACCCAAAACCCUUGCAGUGCUCCUGGUUCACGCCCAUGAGAUUGGGUACACCGUCUGUCUGAUCCAGAUGUUCUUCAUCCACGCGUUCUCUUCCAUGGAGUCAGGGGUACUUGUGGCCAUGGCUCUGGAUCGCUAUGUAGCCAUCUGUCACCCUCUGCACCAUUCUACCAUCCUGCAUCCCAGGGUCAUAGGGCACAUUGGGAUGGCGGUGCUGGUGCGGGGGAUACUCCUCCUCCUCCCCUUCCCCAUCUUGUUGAGGAGACUUGUCUUCUGCCAGGCCACCGUCAUAGGCCAUGCCUACUGUGAACACAUGGCUGUGGUAAAACUUGCCUGCUCAGACAGCACAGUGAACCGAGCCUAUGGGCUGGCAGUGGCACUGCUUGUGGUUGGUCUAGAUGUCCUGGCCAUUGGUGUUUCCUACGCCCUCAUCCUGCAGGCAGUGCUGAAGGUACCAGGGGGUGAGGCCCGACUUAAGGCCUUUAGCACAUGUGGAUCUCAUAUUUGUGUCAUCCUGGUCUUCUAUGUGCCUGGAAUAUUCUCCUUCCUCACUCACCGCUUUGGCCGGCAGGUGCCCCAUCAUGUCCAUGUUCUUCUGGCCACACUCUACCUCCUGGUGCCACCUGCACUCAAUCCUCUGGUCUAUGGGGUGAAGACUCAGCAGAUCCGCCAGCGAGUACUCAGGGUGUUUGACAUAAAAGGACAGAUCUGAACACAUCCCAAUCAUUUUCUUCAGAGGUUCUUGCCAGCCAUGCUGCCAGGAGCCCAUGGUUGGUGUUGGCCAUAUGGAUCGAGUCCACUGCUAUUGUGAGAAGUCCUUCUGGUUGUAAUAGUCUCAUGGCAAAGAAUAUCAUGAACACUUGGUGCCACGGCUGAUUGGGAUGCACCUGGAGAGCUAAACUUGUAAAUAUUUUCCCCAUUCUUUCUUUCAUGAUCCUGACAUUUCUCUACACCUGGUGAUGGAGGCAUUUGAGGAUAGGAGAAAUAGAUGAUAGCUCUGAUAUGCCAUUAUUCCUAUCUCUGUCUAAUGACGGACUGUACAACACAUCUGGAGUGGGUAUGGGAAGUUUUAAUGUUUGCCUAGUUUUAGUUCUGAGUGUCAUCAACGCUUGUAAGUGUUGUGAGCUUCAGGUCACCAGGUUCUUAUGUAGUGAGCCUUUCUUAAAGCAUUUGAGACAGCCACAAUGUGAGAGAAUUCCUUUCACUGCAAUAUAGGUGCUAUUUAUUUAAAAUAAACUUAA